UUCAUUUCCCUCCUCAGGACAGAAAUAAAGAAUUCUGAUUGGUUGAUUCUCUUAUGCGUUGUGUAUUAUGCGUUAUGCAGAAGUCUGUGCUCUAGCCUUUAGCUUUUUCGUAUUUCGAGGAUCCGUAAAUAUGGCACCGGCACCGAAGAAAUCGAAGGGUCCCGCGAAGAAGCAAGUCCUUCGCGGCAAAGGACAAAAGAAGAAGGUGUCCGUGAAAUUCACAAUUGACUGCACUCAUCCUGUGGAGGAUAACAUCAUGGAUGUAGCUAAUUUUGAAAAGUAUUUGCACGAGAGGAUCAAAGUUAACGGUAAGACAGGUAACUUUGGUAACAAUGUUACUUUGGAGCGCAACAAAAUGAAACUUUCCGUCAACAGUGAUGUUGACUUUUCGAAGCGGUACCUCAAAUACUUGACAAAGAAGUACUUGAAAAAGAACAAGUUACGUGAUUGGCUGCGAGUGGUAUCAAAAGACAAAGAUACCUAUGAAUUACGAUACUUCCAGAUCAACAGCCAGGAAGAUGACGAUGAGGAGGAUGCUGAGUAGUUUAUUUUUGUUUACAUUGAGCUUCAGAUGUAUUUGUAAAUAAGUUACUAAUAAACAAAAUCCACCAUUUUCAUA